CCGAACCCUCACCUCUGCCAGCAUGUGCUGCAACUGCUACGGCAGCUCCUACGGGGGCUGUGGCUAUGGCUCUGGCUACGGCUGUGGCUAUGGCUGUGGCUAUGGAUCCAGAUAUGGCUGUGGCUAUGGCUCUGGCUAUGGCUCUGGCUACGGCUCUGGCUGUGGCUACGGCUGUGGCUAUGGAUCCAGAUACGGCUGUGGCUACGGCUCUGGCUAUGGCUCUGGCUGUGGCUCUGGCUGUGGAUAUGGAUCCAGAUAUGGCUGUGGCUAUGGAUCCAGAUACGGCUGUGGCUAUGGCUGUGGCUAUGGCUCUGGCUACGGCUCUGGCUGCUGCUACCGACGAUGCUACUCCUCUUGCUGCUAGAACAUCCCCUACAACACUCUGCGCCUCUAACAAAAUAUGGAAAAUUAACGCUUUCCUCCAAGGGAUGCCUGUUUGUCAUCUCUACACCCCGGUGAGGACUGGAUGCCUCCUGCUUUU